CUACAAGUAUGUGGCAGUCGUGUUUCGUCGUGAAUUCGUUACGGUCACGGAAGCUUGUAACUUGCCUUGAGUCGACGAGUUGUUCAUGUUCUGCGAAGAGAUUUUACAAAUUGAUAUAUAUCCUUGUGGCGAUCAAUCGAGGAAGACAUGCCUUGCAGUCAGACGUAUGAGGUGAACAAACGGGAGCUGAACAAGGCUGCUCAACAAGACCAGUCGUAUAGAAACUGCUUGGUCGUCCUGCUCAUCUUCUUUUUCUUGUGCCUUAUCCUCAUCCUAGCCUGCAUACUCCCACCCUGGAAAACUCGAAGUCGGGGAGAGUAUUAUAAUGAUAAUUAUAAACACGAGUAUCACCAUGGGGAACGUACAAACGAAUCAACAACUACAACUGCAAAAAGUACGAUAAUGAAGGAAGUGAAUGAUGUCGAUAUCGUCAGCUCGAAUGUCUCCUCAAGGAAGGACAAAGGACCUGGUACUAAUCAAGGUUACAUUGAUGGGAGAACUCAGGAUAAAGCCACGACUACGGACGAGGACACUUCCGUCAUGUCGCCACAGAUAACUGAUAUCGAGGCGACUUCUACAUUGCCGAGUGCAACUCGUGAGUCUUCCUCCGAUGAAUAUUUCAGUACGAAGGAAUCAGAAUUUGUUACAUCAACUGAUAAUGUUGCUUCGACAUCCUCGACUCAAUCCGCCGAUCUUACGAAAAAUACAAGUACAAAUUCUACCGGCAGUAAUAUAAUAUUGAACAUUGAAGAUGUAACACGCGAUGUUACAACUUCAACAUUAUCUGCGAUACCAGUUACAAUUGAUACGUCUUCCUCCGAUGAACAUUUCAGUACGAAGGAAUCAGAAUUUGUUACUGAUAACAAUUUAUCUACUGAUUUAUCUACUGAUUUGUCUACUGAUAAUAUUGCAACUUCUCCCGAUCUUCUGGAAGAUGAAACUACAGUUUUUACCAGUGAAUAUGUAACAUCGGAAACCAACGUCGCAUAUAAUAUUACAUCCUCAACAUUAUCAACUCGAUUAGAUAAUUUUGAAAGAAAUUCUACUGGCACUCGCGAGAUAUCAAAAGCCGAUGUUACCACUUCGACGAUGAAUCCUUCAACCGAUCCAAAAGAAAAUACAAACACUGGAUAUUCCUCCUCUGAUCAUUCACAGAAAUCGCAACCUAUGGCUUCAAUUUAUGAUGAAACUACAAAACCAACUACAAUUCCACUUCAUUUCAAGAAAAAUGAACACAUGGAAUAUUCUACUGAGAAACAGGAAGAGGAAGAGGAAGAGGAAUCCACAACCGUACAAUACGAUGAGAUAUUAAAUAAUGAUGACAUAACGAGAGGAACCUCUCUUAUCGCAAAAAAGUACACUCCGUUUCAGAGUAAAGACUUCUCAACAACUAGGGAAAUUAUAAACGAUUCUGAAGCCAUAAUGAGCGUCACCGCGAGUGCAAGGAGUCAAAACAAAACUGCCGAAAGAAACGAGAACGUGAUACCUAUAACGAAGCAAUCUUCUACGUACAAUUAUUACACAUAUGAAUCUGCUUCUUAUACGUCGAUUAAUCCGUCAAAAAUCAUGAUUACUUCGUCCUUAAGCGACAACAACACGAUCGCAAUGACACCACUUCCCGACGAAGAAAAAGACGUUUGCAAAUCAGACCUCUGCAAACGCACCGCCAGUAAAAUGCUGUCAUAUAUGAAUUACACGGUCGAUCCUUGCGACGACUUCUAUGAGUACGCUUGCGGUGGCUUCGAAGCGAAUCCGCAGCUGAUAGACGGCGAUCUGGUGCGACAGACCAAGAAUUACCAGCGUAUCGCCAAACAAAUGUCAAAGGAGAAACGUGAGAAAGUGCACUCGGCUUUUACGACCUAUUACGACAGUUGUGUAUAUUACGAAAGAACCGUGAACUUCAAUGAAAGGGUGGAGAUGGCAAUUGGUGCAUUAAAAGAUGUAGGGAAAUUAUACACAAACAACACUUGGCAUAAUAAUUAUAUAGACUUCACCAACUUGUUCACUCAAUUAAUGUUACAUCACAACGCUAUUUUAUUCGACAUUGUGCCAAAAUUCGACGAGUAUCCUCCGACUCUACAAAUAAGUCUGCCGAAGUAUAAGAGUCCUUUCAUGACGGAACACGCGGAUGAUUUGUGCUUCGAAGACGAAUUCGAGAUAGAGCAACAAUACGUGGACCUCGAAGCUAUGUAUGCCAAUUAUAAAAAGUGCAAUAAAAAUACGGAAGAAUUUUUAAGAUCCAUCAGGGAAGCAUUAGAAGUGCUCGGCGUUUUGGAUGACAGCUAUUUGGACUCAGUAUGGCACUUGAAAUUUGAAUCUUACCCAAUCAUAAAAAAAACCGUUCAGGAUAUCAAUUCUAUUAUAAUGCAGGGAUACUUUUCGCACUUUCCACUUAAAAAUGAAAUACAGGAAAUCUAUGUGAUGAAUAAUUACACCAAAAUUAGUUUGAAGGAGUUGCAGAGCAAGAGCAUGUUCAUAAACUGGACGCAAUUGAUUUCUUCGCUAAUAGGAACAGACAUGAUGGAAGCAAAUUCAAUACUUAAAAAUGACUUGCACAUUUAUUUUUACGAAGAACUGAUAAAUGGUUUGUCAGGAUUAGAGAAAUUCGCUGAAAAGGACCCUAUGAGCCUGAAUAAUGCGAUCAUGGCAUUAUACGCGCAUAAGCUUUAUCACGAGUUGGUCCUAUCUAGACGUAACGACGUAAAAGAUCAUUGUUUGCAAGUGGCUACCAAUCUUCUACAAUUAGAAGCGUCCAGUUUAUACAUAUCGUCCUUUCCCGAUCAAGAAAUAAGCAAGAUGAGGGAAUUAAUACAGAAUUUGUUCAACGACCUGAAACAAACAUUAAUGAAUAAAGUGAAACAAAUAGAAUGGACCGACAAGAAUGGACGAAGUAUUUUAUUAAAAAAAAUUAGCAAUCUCAAGCUCAGCCUGCCUCACCUUUCUUACUACAAAGAUAAAGAUUCACUCUAUAGCAAUUAUAAUAUGUCGCAGAUUAUACUGGAUAAUGAUUACUUCAAUAACUCAAUGAUUCUGCUGAAGAGAUACAGAAACUUGAUGUACGCUGCAUUAAGACAAACUAAUCAAGAGAAACAAAUUUGGACGCAUUAUGCAACGCCGUUUCAAUCCAAAGCUAGAAUAAUUUAUAACCUGGACGUCGUCAUGAUCCCUUACGGUAUCAUGGAUUGGUCCUCGAUAAACGAAGAAUAUACUUCGAAACUCAUAUUGCUGGCGACACUCGGAAAUUUAAUAGCUCAUCAGAUCGCUCAUUAUUUCGAUGAUAAUGGUUUGCAUGUUUGGCAGACAAGCAGAAACAUAACGUAUAUCGUGAAUGACAUAGCCGAUUAUAUCAACUGUCAUAAGGAUAACAUAUACAAAGCACCUAUGAAUUUCACGUUACCUCUCACCAAGCAAACCGUAUCUCUUACAAUCCCGUAUUUGACCUUGAACGAGCGGUUGUCUGAUAUUGUGGGACUCAGACUAGCCUAUGACACUUUGGCCUAUUUCACGAGAUCGAAAGCGGAAAAGCAGCUUCCGUGGAUAAAACUCAACAUCGAGCAAUUAUUCUAUCUCGCCUACGUUCAGAUGUAUUGCACGAAGUCGCCGCUGACGUCAUCGUACGUAUCUCUAUACGAGAGCGAGGACCUACCGAACCGGAUCCGCAUAUUUGUCUCCGCAUCGAACAAUAAGUUCGUCGCUGACGUGUGGAAUUGCCCGAUAGGCUCGCAGAACGCGCCUAGCGACAUUUGUAACGUGUUUCCAUAUAUGGACUAUAAGGAGCCCCUAGAAUGAGGACCGUUCGCGGAAACGUGCAAUUGCAGUCGGCUGCCCGCGGACGAAACGAUCUAACUAUGAGAGCAAUAGGAAAAUCUAACCGGGUAAAGGGAAAGUAUGAAAUUCGCGAUCCUGUACUAUGUAAGGUCGCACGCUUGUAUAAUCAAUAAGAAUCUCUCCGAUGCGCUUGAAUUUCUUCCUACUUUGCUUCAAGAUUGCAUUGUUAGCUUGGAUGUAGGACUCCAUCCUGUAACGUUAAAACACAAAAUGAGACCUACAUGCCUCUAAUUCAAUCUUGAAGAGAAAAGCGCAUUAUUUCUCUAUCUCUACGGAGCUUCCAUCUCUUACAGAGAAGGAGAGAGAAAGAGACUUUUUCAUGCGCGUGCAAUAAAUAUUGAUGUAUAUACACGUAUCUCUGUAUACAUACAUAUAUAUAUAUAUAUAUAUAUAUAUAUAUAU